AUGCCUAGAUCCCGCAAGCAAAAAAGAAUGAUGGCAUAUGAGGCGAACAAGUUGAAAAACAUUGCUCACAUUGAAAAAACUCCUCAAUUUGUACUUCUUCUACCUCUCAUAGAAGACCCAUCCUCCAAUGUGUCUUCCGCUCUCGAUGCUCAUUCGGCUCUCACUUCGAACACAAUUGCUAAUGUAAAGAAAGAAAUUUGGGCAAAUGGCAAAACAUCCCCCGCAGAUGGAUCCGACCUGCUCAGAGAUCACCCUUAUGACACCUGGUGUGCACUUUUUGUACUCGUCGAUCGGACAUCACCUGAUCAACAACCUAGACUAAUCGAAUUCAUCAUUGGUCUUCAGAAGAUUGAAGUUAUAGACAGAGACACGGAUCAGUCGAAAGUUUUGAAGUAUUAUGACAUGGAAUUAUGGAGACAGUUGCCAGGCUUCGGGUGGGAGGCUCAUGCAUAUUCCUCCACAUUGACAGACAGAGAAAAGACUUCGUAUGAAAACAAGAACGCAUUUCUAGCGCAACUUUUAGCAAUAAGUGAGGUCAGCAUUGGAGUUAAUGAAUUUGAACCCCUUGAUUUCUCACUUUUUGCAUUAUGGGUGUUUCGCGAUGCAUUUGAGAACAAAGGAGAAAAGAGUAAGAAUUUGAAAAUGCGGGUGGCAUGUUGGUGGCUUGUAUUUGCAGCCGAGAAACUGCGGUUGAAUGUCGUCAAUGAGAAAAGUAUGCCAGAUAGAACUGGAGCUGGUGGAGACUUGUAUGAGAAGAAGGGAUGGGUCGGUUAUAGUAGGGAGAGGUGGGAUAUCUGGAGAGAAGGCUUGAGGAAUGCCGAUGGCGAUCGAGAGACGAGAGAGUUGAUCAGUGAUGCUUUAGCGUGUAUGGAACGAGUUACAGGUUUUGAGUCUUGA